AUGAGAUCUUCAGUAGAAGACCCUAUGCGGUCAGAGUCCACUACCGCUGCUGCGGCGGCUGCAGCAUCGACAGCAGUAGCAGCAGCAGCAGCGGCGGGCCCAGGUCAAGAACAGCAGACUUUGUCGCCGCAGAAACUUGAUUUAAAGAAGUGCCAUGAGGGCAGCGACCAGGAGAUAUUGACUGACAAAGAAGAAGAUAGUGACUGGGACUGCAGCAGCAGCAACAGCAGUAACAGCAGCAGCAACAGUGAUGGAACCUCCAGUGUAUCUACACUUCAAGAUGACGAAUCACAAGAGGAGAGCCCCCCAGCUUUGUGCCUUUUGUGCCCUUUCCGCUGCGUGGGCGAAGACUGCAGCAGCGGCAAGGGCAAGAAGACACCUGCUGCUAUCGUGCUCCAGCACAUGCGGGAGGUACACGGUUUAGAUCUGACAGCAGUAGACAAAUGGCUCCUACCAAAUGAGCAGCGCCCGCAUCAGCAGCAGUUGCCCCCAUUAAAUCAUUACACGCGCAUUGCCCUGGUCACAUUUUUGCGUCAGCAGCAGCGGCGGCAGGAGGAGCAGCUACAGCACCAGCAGGAUGAUCAAAAGGGCCAGCCGCAAGAGUACACCGCAGUCACUGAAGCUUUAAGAUCCCUCACGGCGGACUCUCCUGUUUUUUGUUGCCCUGAGGAGCUGUUACUUGCAGCUGACUCGGAAGAUCCGCUGCUAUGGGAUGUAGACGACUUCAGCAGCGAUGACGAAGAGGCUGCUGCUUCUGCUGGUACUUGUGACCUUACAGCUGCGGCAGCAGCAGCACCUGCAGGACGAAAAGGCAGCUUUUUUCCCCCCGUCACCCCUUGCAACACGGAAGUCUACGAUCGCGUGCUGCAGCACCGCAUGGGCAAUGCAGCGUCUGCUGCUACUGCAGGAGCCAACAGCAAGAGCAGCUACAGCACAGAAGACGCGACAACAGCACUCAACGGAAGAAGGCAAAAUGCACGAGUAGCAGUAGGGGACUCCGCGGAAGAUAAAGGCUACUUCGCAGGCUAUGGCGAGCUAUCUAUACACCGCGAGAUGAUCACAGACACCGCCCGCACAGAGGCCUACAGAGACUUCCUGCUACAGCGUGCAGAGGCUAUUCGUGGCAAGGUGGUGUUAGACGUGGGCUGUGGCAGCGGCAUCCUUAGCCUCUUCGCCGCUCAAGCGGGUGCUCGCAAAGUGGUGGCACUGGAUGCGUCUUCUCCUAUUGUUUCUGUGGCUCGUCGGGUGGUUGCCGCUAACGGGUUUUCGUCUGUCAUUCAGGUCGUGCACGCAAAGGUGGAGUCUGUAGAACUGUACUGGACGGAUGAAACGGAAACAGAAGUGGUCGCGCUGGCUUCUGGCUCUGCGGCUAGUGCUGGCCUUCGCUUAUUUGCGUGUGACGUUCUGGUCUCGGAGUGGAUGGGCUACGGUCUGCUAUUCGAGUGCAUGUUGUUCUCCGUGCUGCACGCCAGAGACAAGUACUUGAAGGCAGACGGGCUGCUGGUUCCCAAUAAAGCGCUGAUUGGAGUGUGCACUGCGGACAUGCGUGAGGAGCAGCAGGAGCGCCGUGGGCCUUUCGAGUCUUUGGUUUACGGCUUUGACCUCUCAGCGCUUCAGACACCGGACGACCUUCUCUUUGGCCAGCUCGAGGUGCAACUAGUGCAGCAACAACAGCUCAACCAGAAACAGCAACAGCAGCAGCAGCCAAUUUGUCUUCUUGACUUGAAUUCUGUGACGGCGGGGGAAGUACGGACUCUCAGAUGUCCAAUUAACUUAAGCUUGCCUCCUCCCCCUGAGGUUUGUAGCAGCCUCGUAUUUUACUUUGACUGUUUUUUCGAGCCUAUCCAGCCCAAGGGUGGCCCUUCGCUGAUUUGCUUUUCCAAGGAGGUUGCCGCAGAAGGGGCAGCAACAAUGGACUCGCCAUUAGCAGCAGAAACGAAGCCUGUAGCAGGGACCUUGGUGCUGAGCACCAGCCCUUUGAAACAGCCAACGCAUUGGAAGCAAACGGUCCUUCACCUGCUGGACGGCGAAGGAAAGGCGUGGAGCCUAAGUGCGACUCCUGGUUACCCCACCCUCAGGGGCCACAUGAGCAUCAACCCAGACCCUAAUCCCAGCAGCAGGCGAAGCAUCGUAAUCACGCUUGAGUUGGAGAGACAAGGGAAGGAAACGUUGGUUAGGUCAUAUCCUAUGCAAUGA